AAUUAAUAGCACGUUUCGGCGAGGAUGUUCAGUCACGCUUGAUGUGGCUACAAUAAGCACUUUUCAUACACAAAUAUCAACAGAAGUAGUGUGACCUAUAUUACAUGGAACUGCCUGUACACAUGUUGUUGAGGAACUAGAAAAGACAGACUUGUAGGAACGGGACAAGUCCACCCAUGGAAUACACGCAUUAGCGGAUUUGGGAAUUGUCUUGCAUAUAAUUGUUUGGAAAGACAAUGAGAUUUAAUACUAUAAUUCCGGGGUCUCUGAUGGUAGGCGUGUGUAUAGUCAUACUGAACCAAUACGCAGGACAAGUUCAAGGACUUACGUGCAUAAAUUGUGCCGAUUUUGCCAUCAAUGGGUCGGCUGCGGGGGCGGUUGUGACUCCAAUCCUGAGCGCUAUCCCGGGAAUCCGGGAAAAGAACUGUCGGACAGCCACUGCGACUUCAGACAUUGACUUGAUCACUUGUCCACCAAAUCCUGCAUCUGGGGACCGUGUUUACCGAUGUGGAGCCUAUACCGGCACAAUCAAUGUUGUUGCUCCGCUUGAUCUAUUCAAUAUUCCUGUUCAUAUAAUUGACCGUGAAUGUGUUUUGAUCUAUAAGGGCUUGAGCGAUGGCUGUCACCCUCAGAGUUUUGCCCAACAGGACGCGGCUACUUUCCAAAAGAUCUUCGACAAUCUUGAUAGCAUAGGAGCUGUCAGCUUCAGGGGAAAUAUCUGUAUCAGUGGUGAUAUAUCCGCUGCCUCCAGCUUUCACAUCGGACAGUCUUUGGUUGUCUUAGUAGUGACAUAUUUUCUGAAUAGAAUUUUCGUGUCGUGAUCGAGUCUGCAUUAGAAACUGUGCGUAUAUAAUAUCACUUUUUUAUGGAUAAGAACGUGAUAUGUAAUUUACCAAUUUGUUAUAGGUUUUCUGGAAUACAAAUACGUGAUACAAAAUCGUGAUCAUCAUUUAUGCCAUAUUUCGUCGUUCAAAUGCGAUGAUCAUGUCACACAAUUUCAAAUUGUUUAGGUACCCCAUUAAGUCUUUGCUAAUGAGACGUUGACUUUGUGGGAAACCCUCUAAAAUUGUGUAUAGACAUAUUAGGAACAUAUGUGUGAGAGGAAGAACUUUCAUAUGCGUGCUGAAAUAGGAAUUUUUAUUUUCUUUAUUGUAUGCAUGCUAAAAUGGGGAUUUCUGUACGAAUAAUGAGUAAAAUUUUGUUCGCAUGCUGAGAGGGAGAUUUAUGUACGCACGAUGAGAGGGGGAUUGAUGUACGCAUGAUGAGAAGGAGAUUGAUGUACGCAUGCUAAGAGGGAGAUUUAUGUAUGAAUGAUGAGAGGGGGAUUGAUGUACGCACGAUGAGAGGGGGAUUGAUGUACGCAUGAUGAGAGGGAGAUUGAUGUACGCACGAUGAGAGGGGGAUUAAUGUACGCAUGAUGAGAGGGAGAUUGAUGUACGCAUGAUGAGAGGGGGAUUUAUGUACGCACGCUGAGAGGGAGAUUGAUGUACGCAUGAUGAGAGGGGGAUUGAUGUACGCAUGAUGAGAGGGGGAUUGAUGUACGCAUGAUGAGAGGGGGAUUGAUGUACGCACGAUGAGAGGGAGAUUGAUGU